UUAUUCAUGAGAAUGACUACUGAUUAGGCUUUCCAGAAUACAUACACCAACAUCCACAAAGAGUUCUUCAGAGAAAUGGGGUCAGGGUGGUCACAAGAUCAGGACUUACAACAAAAUCAAGAACUAAGCAACACUUCUCCUCAAAGCCACCAUAAUGAUGCCUCUGUACUCAAUGAAGAACCAAAAAAGAUUAUGCCACAGAGCAGCAAGAGUACUGAGACUAACAAGACAAAGGAAGCCACUAGAGUACUCAGAUUUCCACAUAAUUAUGAAGAAAUCCUAAAAGAGGCAGAUUCUUCAGUUGACAGAUCCUCCAUGGACAAACUAUAUGACCAGCUAUAUGCUGGAGUAUAUUUGAACCAAAAGCGAAAGAAAUACUGGGUCGAUAAGAAGUCAAAUGGCAACUGUUUCAUGCUGUAUGCAAGAGACCUCUUAAUCACUUGGGCAGAAAACAACCAUUUCUGGCACUGGCCCUUGGUACAAGAGUCAAGUGAUGUCCUCCUUCCAGCAGCAGAACUACUAGAUGUUUGCUGGCUAGAAAUCCAUGGAAGAUUCAAUACAACUAGGCUAUCGCCAGGGCUCAUUUAUGAGGUUGUGUUUAUUGUCAUGUUAAAGGAUCCUGCUUAUGGAUGGGAAAAUCCAGUGAAUCUUCGACUCAUACUCCCAGAUGGUAGCAGCCAAGGACAUACCGAGAAUUUGGUGGAAAAACCACGAGAAAAAUGGACAGAAAUCCCAGCAGGAGAGUUCAUGACAUCAGCAGAUCAGAAAAAUGGAGAAAUAGAGUUCUCUCUAUAUGAAUAUGAAGGUGGGAACUGGAAGAGGGGGCUCGUCAUUAAAGGUGCUGUCCUCCGUCCAAAAGCCUGAGUUCUAUGGCAUAUGAGACGAAUUUGGCAUGCAGCUGCAGCUUACUUAACUGCAGUUUCUUUUAUCGUUUUUCACCCUGAUGUUUACAACAAUGAGCACUAAACUAGUAGCAAAAAGUAUGAGAUAGUGUUCUUUCUUUUGUAUGUGCAGAUAUGUUCGAAGCAUCAGAUAUUUGGCGUUAAGCCCAGAACUCAAUAGUAUGAAGUGAUAAAUGUGUAAAGACAA